CGGAAAGUUUCCUUCCUUCGGCGUGUCUUGCGGUUUGACACCGACAGUGGAGUUGUUGCCCGUUAUUCUGGCUUUUUAUAGGGCUGCUUCAGGAAUGGGGCUCGGUCUCGGGUCCUUGCCGUGGCCGACGGUGGUCUGAUACGGUGAUUACCUAAAUAAGGGGCAUAGAGAUAAACUUGAUAUUAUUUGAGUGUUACUUCUCUGACCUAUAAGCCAAUAUAAAUUUCAGCUAUAAUACCCUCAUAGAACAUUAUCGAUUGGUAGUCAAAGUUGAGGUUUAUUUUUUGUUGGGGUGCUGCCAAGACUGACGUCGGUUAUCAUCCAGCAUUGGUUAUGGAGUAUAAAUCUUGGCAUAGCAACCACUAGCAUGCAUGCAUAGGCUCACAAACCCAGUUUUACCUCAUACACUAUUCUCUUAUACUAAAUGGCUGGUACAUACGACCAUAGGGUGUGGAGAACAGGGCUUCCCGUCCGCUCAGCCGUACUUAAGCCACACGCCGGCCGGUUAGUAGUUGGGUGGGUGACCACCAGCGAAUCCCGGCUGUUGUAUGUUUUUUUCGUUUUUGCCUCGCUCACUCGCUACGCUCGUGAGUGAGCCUAUAACCUUGUAAGUGAAGUGAGCAUUGAACUUGGUGGAGUUCUCUGUUUUGAGAUGGAAACAGCAGGCCUGAUGUGCGACUUUUUAUGCCUUGUCGUACAGAGGAGUCUGACUGUGCAGAUUCGCAUGAGAUAAAGGGUGCAAAGAUAUGCUGCGGGAACAGCAGCAGCCUAUACUAAGAGCUGCAAUCUAAUUUCUAAAAAAAUAAAAUAUUUUGGUC